AUGGCAACGAGUGAGUCAUGGUGCAAUGGUGGUCAAGGUGAUAUCUCCCGCGCGGCUGGCGUACCUCCCUCGUCUGGUCUGGUCUGGUCUGGUCUCGCACUCGUGGGUGAUGUGACGGGAGUGUGCUUGUGCUCGCGUGUCACCUCACCCCCACCGUCGCCGGGGACGUCGUGCUCACGGUCCAACGUCAACUGUCACCGCAACCGUGACUGACCCCGACCUUAUUUCCCCGAUUCGCAGCUUCCAGCAUUGGUAUCGCCAACCUGCCCAACCAGGUCAGUCGGGUCGUCGUGUCCGGUCUGGCAUGUCUCAGCGUGGCCGUGGGAGCCGCCUCGAAACGCCCGGUCCCCCUGGUCCAUCGGUCACUGAUCCCAGCCCUACGCCUCCAUCUUGAUCGUUCCCGAUCCAACAGAGGCACAAGAUUGGUCAGUCUAGUCGUCGGGCCCACCUGUAGAGCACACCAAGUCAUGCAGCUGCCCCACUGACACUCGGACCCGACGUGCUCCACAGUCGCCAAACGUGGCGGCCACUUCACCUUGAUGGUCGUCGGAGAGGCAGGGUUGGGCAAGACCACCCUCAUGUACGGGUUUUUUUUCUUUUUCUUUUUUUUUCCUUCUUCUAUCAGGCCAACCAAAUGCGCACUUCUGCGACGAACUCAGCAGCAUCGGUCCAGCCACGUCGUUCGUCCCGAGCGAAAGGCGAUGCGCAUCGAUGUAGCGCUCAGACCUCCUUUUCGAACGAGUGCUCCGAGACCGGGUUGGAAGGUGCACCUUGACUCUUGGGCCUCAUCACUGACCCAUCGAUUGUGCUCCAAACAGCAACACCCUCUUCUCGACCGAACUCGCCCCCGUCAAGGACUACAGUCGUCGAUUCGUCAAGCAGAUGGACAAGACCACCGAGAUCGGUCAGUGCCACCAGUCUGCUCGCCCACACGCGCCUCUCGAUCCCCGGCAGCUUAACCUCCAUCCCCUUGAAAAACAGACAUUAUCAAGGCCGAGCUGGAGGAGAAGUUGUUCAAGGUCAAGCUCACCGUCAUCGAUACCCCCGGGUUCGGAGAUUACGUCAACAACCGCGAUAGCUGGAUGCCCAUCGUCGAUUUUAUCGUGUGUAACUCUGCACUGCACUGCAAGACUCGCACAACUCUGACUCUCUCGAUUUGAACAGGACGACCAACACGAGUCGUAUAUGCGCCAAGAGCAACAACCCCAGCGUGGCGAGAAGCUCGACAUGCGAGUCCACGCGUGCCUCUACUUUAUCCGACCAACCGGACACACGUGAGUUCUCUGUAAAGUCUAGACAUCUCAGCCUUCGAGUCACAGGCGCUUAAUUCUCCCUCGAUCUCUCGGGUAUGCAGUCUUAAAUCCCUCGAUAUCGAGAUCAUGAAGCGAUUGGGCACGCGCGUCAACCUCAUUCCCAUCGUCGCCAAGGCCGACACGCUCACGCCCCACGAUUUGGCCGAGUUCAAGCAGAGGGUCAGUGCUAUUCACUCUAACCAAAGCCAACUUGACUCCCAUUCUGACUCUUCGUUGUGCACCUCCUCACCCAGAUUCGCCUGGUGAUCAAAGCUCAGGGGAUCCGAGUGUACCAACCCCCAAUCGAAGCCGACGACGAAGCCUCGGCCGAACACGCCAAAGUGCUCGCCGCGGCGAUGCCCUUCUCCAUCAUCGGCUCGACACAAGAAGUAACGACCGCGGAUGGGCGCGUCGUCAAAGGCCGUGAUUACCUCUGGGGAGUCGCCGAAGUGGAGAACGAGGAUCACUGCGAUUUCAAAAAGUUGCGUUCGCUGUUAAUCCGUACCCAUAUGCUUGACUUGAUCGCCACGUCGGAGGAAUCGCAUUACGAGAAUUACCGUCAAGCGCAAAUGGAGACGCGCAAAUUCGGCGAACCCAAAGUUAAAAAGGUCGAGAACCCUAAGUUCAAGGAAGAGGAAGAGGCGUUGAGGAAACGAUUCACCGAACAGGUCAAGAUGGAGGAGGCGAGGUUCCGUCAGUGGGAACAGCAUCUGAUUGCCGAACGUGAUCGAUUGAACAAGGACUUGGAGCAGGCGCACAGCUCGAUCAAGUCGCUUGAACUUGAGUUGGAUUCGUUAGGCGGGAACGUCGGGUAUGGCUCGACGACCAGUCGAUCAACCGUUGGAAGGCGAUAA